UGACUCAUUGGUACUUAUUUGAUUUAUUAAUCUCCUCUUUUAUGUUUUAUGACGAGAUUCUUAGAACAAAUUAAAUUGUUUUAGGAUAUUCUAUAAUUUAAACAAACAUGGAUGAUCCAGAAUUAGAGAAAUUAAGAAACCAACGUCUAGCACAGCUUCAGGCGCAACAUGGUGGGACUGGAGAUCCAAAUCAAGCGAAGGCACAAGAAGAGAGAAUGCAAGCAAUAGAGGAAACAAAAAAUUCAAUUCUCUCCCAAGUACUUGAUCAAAAUGCUCGAGCUAGAUUGAAUACAAUAAAGAUUAGUAGACCAGAGAAGGCUGCUAUGGUGGAAAAUAUGAUCUGUAGGAUGGCUCAGAUGGGUCAAGUUCAGACCAGAAUAUCUGAACAAGAGCUUAUACAGAUUUUGGAGUCUGUUAAUCAACAAAUGCCCAAAUCAACUAGCACUGUGAAAUUUGAUCGAAGAAGAGCGGCACUUGAUUCCGAUGAUGAUGAUUUCUAGCAGACUGACAUUUAGCUUUAUUUAUUUACAUUUCAUUAUUAAAUGAUACAUCUUAACACAUAUGCUUUAUCUAAAAUAAACUUUAUUUGAGUAUCUUAUAGUUCAUUACAAACAUUAAAUUCAUACAGAGAAAUUAUAACUAGAAAUAUAACAAUUUUUAAUUAGAUUAUUACACUGGGCGCUUUCUUGCAUAGCUAUAUCAAGUGUUUUUUUAAUUUUAUCUGUUUUCUACAAUAAAGUAAUUUUUUAAUCCAAAAU